AUGGCUGAUGUUCAUGAUGAUCCUCUUCUCGGCUCUCAGGGCGACAUGGAGAGCGUAGAAAGAGAUGGAAAGUCACGCAAUAUUUCCAUCAACAAGAAACAUCUUCUUCUUGGUGCUGUUGCUGCUGGUGGCAUCUUAACUGGUGUCAUAAUUGGUAUGGUUUGCACAUUCGCAUUCAAAUCCAAACCAGUUGCUAUCUCAAAUCAAUAUGAUACACUUGAUAAUUGCAAUACUUAUCAAACAUUCUCUUGCAAUGGUAAUUCCGGUGACAUGGAUUCCAAGUACUUCCAGAACAAGUGGAAUACACCAAAGCGCGGUGAAGAUCGUUGGAAACCAGGCUUCCAGGAUAUGUCUACAUUAACUGGUUAUGCUCAACUCAAGUACGCUUCCGGAAUGAAGUCCUGCACAGUUAACAUCAUCACAAAGACAUCAAAGUCCCUCUCACUCACAUACUACUUUGAUGGUGUUGCUCAAUAUUCAAAUUCAAAGACAUUUGAUUCCUCUUACAACAAGGUCCUUAAAGUCAAGGUUAUUGCUGCUUCUGGUGAAGUUCUUGAACUUGAUGGCAUUGACUUUGCUUGGAAUGCUGCUCCAAUCAAAUCAAGAAGAUUCGAUUACAGAAAUGGCCAAAAGGGUGCUAUUGUUGAAAUGUUCGGCUGGCCAGAUGAUGAUAUCGCUCAGGAAUGCCAGUUCCUCGCUGAUGCAGGCUACUUAGGUGUCAAGGUCUUCCCACACCAGGAACAAGUUAUGUCAUACCAACCAUUCAAUGGCGAAAUGAACCCAUGGUAUUUCAUGUACCAGCCAGUUUCAUACAGACUUCAAGGAAGAAUGGGUACUCGCGACCAACUUAGAAACAUGAUCAACAAGUGCAGAGCUGUUGGUGUCAGAGUUUACGCUGAUGCAGUUGUUAACCACAUGUCUGGUAACGGUAAUGAUCUUUCCAGCCACAGAAAUCCAGGAGCUGGAUGCACAAAGUGGGGCAACAAGACAUCUUCUGCUUAUGAGAAUGGUUCUCCAUACUACACACCAGCAUACACCUAUGAAAUCAAUCCAAAUACUGGCAGAGGCACAAACGUUUUAGAAUUCCCAGCUGUUCCAUACGGCCCAGAAGAUUUCCACUGCGACAAGGCUCUCGGAUCGUGGAGUGAUCCAAACAUCCUCAACAGUGGCUGGCUUACAGGCUUAUCUGACUUAGAUACAUCAAAGGAUUAUGUCAGACAGAGAAUUGCUGAUUUCAUGAUCGAUCUCAUCUCCAUUGGUUUCUCUGGCUACAGAAUUGAUGCUGCUAAGCACAUCAGACCAGAAGAUUUAGCUGCUAUCUUUGGAAAGGUUAAGCAAAGAUUAGGUGGCAGAUUACCAGAUGAUUUCAUCUCAUGGUUAGAAGUUUUGACUGGUGGUGAAUCAUAUCUCUUAGUCCAAGGUGAUGGUGACUAUUCAUUCACUGGUGGUCUUACAAAGUAUCUUAAGAAGAACGGUCUUUCUGAUGAUGAAAUUCUUAAGAUCAAGAUCUGGUGGAGUGGAUAUCCAACAGAGCCAUGGAACGAUGCUGGAUCCAUUGAUAUCAGACGUAAGGUUAUUGAAAACGAUGACCACGAUCAACAGAAUGAUGGCUCAUCAUCAAGAGAUAUGCACGAUUCUGGCUGCGUUCUUAUUAAGGGCUGCGCACCACAGAAUCACAGAAAUUACGAAUUAAUGCUCUUCAAUAACCCACCAGGAGCUAACAACAACAAGAAUGACUACCCAAUCAGAUUAAUCCUUUCAUCCUACUACAGGAACUCUAACGGCGCAAUGGGUAUCCCAGAUGGCAUGUCAACAUGUGAUAAGUGCACAGUUACAUGCGGUGGAUGCAGAGAUCGCCCAUAUAUUAAGGCCUACAACCCAUCAGCACAAUCAUAUCCAGGAGGCACAGGUUAUACUUACGUUCACCGUGACUCUCAGAUUAUUGGUGCUAUGCAGAAUUGGAUGGCAUGA